AUGUCUUUUUCAAAUAGUACUAUUUAUAAUUCUAUAAUACCAGGACAAAGUUACAUUGAAUCUUUUUGUGGAGAACAAUUAUGGGAUCCUAACUUUUUUAAAUAUCAAUAUAUUCCAUCUGUUACACAAUGUAUGUCACAUACAAUUUUAGUAUGGAUUCCAACAAUUAUGGUAUAUUUUUUUGCUCCACUUAUAAUUUAUCAAACAUCUUUGAGAAGAAAAGAUGAAUUACCUUGGACACAGUUGUUGUCGGCAAAAUUUACUAUUACAAUUGUAUUAAUGAUAGAUACAUUUUUUAUAUUUAUUUAUAAUCUUUAUGAUGUUGCAGUAUCAAAUAAGGUGAAUCUUGUUGAUAUAGUUUAUCCGUUAAUGUUAAGUAGUUCAAUGUUUUUAAUGAUUCUUUUUUUAUAUGCUUGUCAAAAAUAUGGAAGAAUUACCUCUGGUCCAAUACAUAUGUUAUGGGGAAUAUUUGCCAUUUGUGGAAUUCCUGAAUUAUAUUAUUGGUUAACAUUUAAUAUUUCCACUUUACAUCCAAUGCCUUUUUAUAUGGUACCAAGGUAUAUUUCAUAUAUUAUUUGGUAUAUUGGUGUAGCAUCACAGGUUGUCUUAUUUUCUUUUGCUGAUACACCAGGUUCAUAUGAAAAAAUAUCAUAUGAAAAUGAUGAAAAUAUAUCACCUGAAACUUUUUCAAGUUUUUUAAAUAGACAAACAUUAUGGUGGUUUAAUUCAUUAUGUGCUAUAGGAAAAUCUAAACCAUUAGAAUUAAAUGAUCUUUAUAAUUUAAAUAAAAAUGAUCAAUCAGAGACAUUAGUUCCUAUAUGGGAAAAAUUAUGGAAUAAGGCAAUGAAGAAGUAUUACAAAAAUGUGGAAAAAGAAAAAAAAAUGAGAAAGAAAAAACAGAUGUCAAGGAGUGAGAUAUUUUCAAAUAGUUGUGGUAUGUCAUUUGAUCAUGAAGGGGAUACUGAACCAUUAUUAGGAAAUGACUCAAUGAAUACAAGUUCUAAUGAAAUGAAUACAUCAAGUAGAUUAGAUUAUUCCUCAACAUCAACAAGUAACAAUAGAAAUACAAGUUUUGGAUCAACAGAAACACAAUAUUUAGAUGAUACCCCAACUACUGUUAAACCACCUUCAAUACUUAAAAGAAUUUUCAUAAUGUUUAGAUAUGACAUUAUAAUUGCAAUGUCUUGUAAAUUAAUAGCAGACAUCUUACAAUUUGCUAAUCCUCAACUUUUAAAAAAAUUAAUUGCUUUUAUUAAAACACCUGAAGCACCAUUAUGGUAUGGUUUCUUGUUAGCACUAGGAAUGUUUUUAGCAUCCGAAUUUAGUAGUUUAUUUUUAAAUUAUUAUUAUUAUCAGGCAUAUCGACUUGGUACCCGAAUUCAAACUAUAUUAACGGCAGCCGUCUACAAAAAAACAUUAAAAUUAUCAAAUACAGCUAGAAAAAAUAAGACAGUUGGAGAGAUUGUUAAUUUAAUGGCUAUUGAUGUUGAUCGUUUUCAACAUAUUACUCCACAAACUCAUCAAUAUAUCAGUACACCAUUUCAGAUGGUAUUAGCAAUGAUAUUUUUAUAUCAAUUAAUGGGAAUAAGUGUAAUAAGUGGAAUACUUAUUAUGUUAUUAUUAUUUCCAAUAAAUUUUGUUUUUAGUAUUGUUAUUAGAAAAUAUCAAACAAAACAAAUGAAUUUAAAAGAUGAAAGAGUUAAAAUGGUAAAUGAAGUUUUAAAUGGUAUUAAAGUUAUAAAAUUAUAUGGAUGGGAAAUUGCUAUGGAAGAUGUCAUAAGAAAAUUAAGAAAUAAAGAACUUGUAUAUAUUAAAAAAGCUUCAUUUUUAAGAACAACAAGUGAUAUGAUAAAUCAAGCUGGACCAUUUUUAGUUGCUUUAUCCACUUUUGCUACAUAUACUUUUAUUGAUAAAAAAAACGUUCUUACUCCUGAGAUUGCAUUUGUAUCUUUGACAUUAUUUAAUCAAUUAAGAAGUCCAAUGUCUACGAUAGCUGAAUUAAUAUCAACAACUGUUCAAGUGAUGGUUUCUAAUAAACGUUUAAAAGAAUUUCUUGUUUCAGAAGAAAUAAAUUCAAAAAUUCAAAGAGAUUUCAAAAAUGGAAUUGUAAAUGAUUUGGCAAUUUAUGUUAAAAAUGCAACAUUUAAAUGGGAAAAAAAUUCUAUAAAUGAUAAGGAAAGUAAUACUUUUAGUUUAAAAAAUUUUAAUUUAAAAGCAGAGAAAGGAUCUUUUGUAGCUGUUGUUGGAAAAGUUGGUAAUGGAAAAUCAUCACUACUUCAAUCAUUGUUAGGUGAAAUGGAAUUAAUUGGAGGAAAAGUUAAAAUUGAUGGACAGGUGGCAUACCUUCCUCAACAACCAUGGAUGCAAAAUAACACCGUUCGUGGAAACAUUACAUUUGGAUCAAAAUAUGAUGAAUAUUUUUAUGAACGUGUACUUACAGCAACAUGCCUUCUUGAUGAUUUAAGUAGUUUUGUUAAUUAUGAUUUAACUGAAAUUGGUGAGAAGGGAAUUAAUUUGUCGGGAGGACAAAAAGCCAGAAUUAGUUUGGCUCGUGCUGUAUAUCAAAAUUUUGAUAUUUAUCUUUUAGAUGAUCCACUUUCAGCAGUUGAUGCUCAUGUUGGAGCAAAAAUAUUUAAUGAUGUAAUUGGACCUGAGGGAUUAUUAAGAAAUAAAACUAGAAUUUUAGUUACAAAUGAAUUAAGUUAUAUGAGUUAUGCAGAUCAAAUAUUAGUUAUUGAAAAUGGAGAAAUUGUUUUACAAGGUACAUAUGAUGAAUUAGUUAAUAGGGAAGAAUUCCAAAAAUUAUUAAAAGAAUGUGAAACAGAAAAAAAUAUUACUGAAGAUGAUACAGAUGAGGUUGAUAGUUUUGAUGAAUUUGAUGAUAAAUAUUCAGAUUCAGAUUCUGAUAAUAUUGAUGAUGAUACUCAGGUUGAAUCAUUCUUUGGAACGUCUCAUAUGUCAACAGUAUCUGCCAUCUAUACACAAAGAAAAAUAUCUAUGACAGUUCCAAAACAAAAAAAGAGAAAAAUAUCUAUUGCAUCAAAAUCACAGGUAUCUACAGAAAAUGGUUUUAAUGUUAAACCAGCAAGUGGUUAUGAAAAAACAGAGACAGGAAAAGUUAAAUUUAGUGUAUAUAUGCAAUAUUUUAAUUCAAUGGGAUACAUUUUGUCAUUUUUUUUUAUUGCUGGAAUGACAUUAUCAACAAUAGCAUCUAUAUUUAGAAGUCUUUGGUUAACUGAUUGGUCUAAUGAUAAUGCUAAAUCAACAUCAUCAAAUACAACUGAUCCAAUAACACCAAUUCAUACAAGAUUAGGAAUAUAUGCAAUAAUAGGAUUUAGUGAAAUUUUUCUUAUGUUUAUAGGAUUAAGUUCAAUUUUACUUGGAGGAAUUGCAGCAUCAAGAAAUCUUCAUUCACCAUUACUACAUGCCAUCUUCCGUGCACCAAUGUCAUUUUUUGAUGUUACACCAUUUGGAAGAAUUAUAAAUCGUCUUAACAAAGACAUUGAAACUGUAGACUUUUUACUUCCAUUUAAUGUUCAAUUUUUUCUUAGUUGUGUUUUACAAGUUUUAUCUACUAUAGCAGUUAUAAUAUUAUCAACACCAAGUUUUACAUUUGUAGCAAUUCCAUUAGCUCUUAUGUAUUUUUAUGUUUUAAAAUAUUAUAUAGGUACAUCAAGACAAUUAAAAAGACUUGAAUCUAUUACAAGAUCACCAAUAUAUUCACAUUUAUCUGAAUCAAUACAAGGAGCAUUUACAAUUAGAUCAUAUAGAUUGGUAAAUAAAUUUUGUAAAUUAUCAGAACAAAAAGUAGAUACACAUGUUCGUUGUAGAUAUCUUAAUUAUGUUGCAAAUAGAUGGUUAACAGUUCGUUUAGAAUUUAUUGGAAAUUGUAUUGUUCUUUUUGCAGCAUUAUUAGGUGUAUUAAUGAAAUCAAGUGUCUCUCCAGGUAUAAUUGGUUUAUCAGUAUCAUAUUCACUUAAUAUUACAUUUUGUUUAAAUUUUGCCGUUAGACAAAUUUCAAAAUUAGAAACUAAUAUAGUUUCUGUAGAAAGAAUUAAAGAAUAUAGUGAAACAAAACAAGAAGCACCAUGGAGAUCAACUAAAGAAAGGCAACCAAUGUCAAAUUGGCCACAGGAAGGAAAUAUAGAAUUUUCAAAUUAUUCAACACGUUACAGACCUGGUCUUGAAUUAGUUGUUAGAAAUAUUAAUGCAAAAAUUAAGCCACAUGAAAGAAUUGGUAUUGUUGGAAGGACUGGUGCUGGUAAAAGUUCAAUAACUUUAGCAUUAUUUAGAAUAAUUGAACCUACUGAGGGAACAAUUUAUAUUGAUGGUGUUGAUAUUUCAAAAAUAGGUCUUCAUGAUUUAAGACAUGCUUUAACAAUUAUUCCCCAAGAUCCUGUAUUAUUUUCUGGUACACUUCGUUUUAAUUUAGAUCCUUUCAAUAAUUAUACAGAUGAUGCCAUUUGGAAUGCAUUAGAAAAAGCUCAUUUAAAAAAUUUUGCCUUAUCAAAUAGUGAGGGACUUGAUUUUGUGGUAUCAGAAAGAGCUGGUAAUAUAAGUUUGGGUACCUGUCAACUUAUAUGUCUUGCACGUGCUAUUUUAAGAAAAACAAAAAUUCUUAUACUUGAUGAAGCCACUGCAUCAGUUGAUAUGUAUACUGAUGCCCUUAUUCAACAAACAAUAGCAGAAGAAUUUGCUAAUGCUAAUGUGAUUGUAAUUGCUCAUAGACUUAGUACAAUUAUAGAUUAUGAUAGGAUUAUUGUUCUUGAUUUUGGGCAAAUUGUUGAAUUUGAUACUCCGGCAAAUUUGCUUGCAAAUAAAAGAUCACUAUUUUAUUCAAUGGUUAAAAGUCAUGAAGAUGGUUUAACUGGAGGAAGUAAAAGAAGAUCUACCAAUAAAUAG